AUGGACGGUUCGCAGUAUUCCACCAAUGGUGUAAACACGACUUCUUCUGGUCAGACUUAUCCUUCACCCACCGCCAUCGCCCCCAACCAGCUGCAAACCGGCUCUCCCCUUCCUCAGACUCUCCCGCCGUUGCAGCCUCCCGCCUCAGCAAUGCAGCCUCUCUACGGUAGCCACCCGCACACGCCGCGGACACCGGGCACUCCCAACACGCCCGGCUCGAACAACAACCUCCCCAGCUACCAGCAGACCUCGCAGCCCGGAGGCCGCGGUGGCAUCUACUCAAUGCCCCAGAGCCAGUAUCCCCCUCCCCAGGCGUAUGGCACUUCCGGCGCCAUGAUGCCCCAGGCGACCACCACCGCGUCUCACCCGCAGCCCAUCGCUCCCGCCCCCGUUGGCGGUCGAGGGCCUCCCGUGUUGCGUCCCAUGCCUCCUGGCGGCAUCAUGUCCCAGCCUGGCGUCUCAUCGCCCUACGGACCCAGCUCGUUGAUGCAGCCCAACUCUGUUCUCCAGCACGAGGGUGACCAGCCUACUCACGUUGUUGGUUCGCAGGGUCGACGCGGUAUCUUGCCCAGUGCUCCUGGCCGACCCGCCGCUCCUGCUGCCGGCACUGGUGCCACCAAGAACACGGUCAUUCCCGUCAAGGAUGCCGAUGGAAAGUUUCCUUGCCCCCAUUGCACAAAGACCUACCUUCACGCGAAGCAUCUUAAGCGUCACCUUUUGCGACACACCGGCGACCGCCCUUACAUGUGUGUCCUUUGCCGCGAUACGUUUUCUCGAAGUGAUAUCCUGAAGCGUCACUUCCAAAAGUGCUCUAUCCGCCGUGGAAACCCCACCGGAGCUAGCCACUUGUCCCACCCCCAAGCUCACGUUAAGAAGAAUGCCCAGGCCCAAAAGGCCGCUGGCCUCGGUCACGAGGGUGACUUGAACCACCUGAACGGACUUGGUAACAUCCCAGGAGACAACAUGGUGCACCCCUUCGGCAUGGUUCCCGUCCAAGACGGCAUGAACAACAUGGCCGGAGACCAGAACCAUCUGUCGCGAUCCAGCUCGAUUGGACGCCUCGACAACGGUAAUAACGGAGACAGGCGCCAGAUGCCCGUAAUGGGCGGCUCGCAGCCUUACGGUACCGAUGUCUCGAGCUCCAUGAACCAGCAGCAGCUUCCUGGUUACAGCAUGCCCCCGGGUCAGAACGGAAUGCCCAUGUAUGGCAAUUCAAACCAAAACCAACAAUCUGGCCUUGAUUGGUCUCAGAUGUUCCAGGCUGGUGCGCAUCAAACCUACGUCAACACCUCUUUCAUUCCUAAUCUUGGACAGACGCAGAUCGCAACCAAAACCGAGCCUAAUGCCGAGCCCGGAACGACAGGCCCCAGGCCUAGCGACACCCUCAAUUCGAAUUGGGGGAUGCCAUCUCAUCUUCAAAAUCCAUACAACCACCUCUCCGAUCAGAUCCUCAACUUUUUUUAUCCUCCUAAUCAGGCGAUUGAUCCGCGAAGCGCGGGUAUGAACCUCUACUUUACACCUGACAACAUCAAAGAUUUCCUGGACAAGUACACUCAUUUCCAUAUCCACGUACCCAUUCUUCAUGUCGCAACAUUCAAGAUCUUGGAUGCGUACACUGGCUUACUUGCAGGCAUGUGUUGUAUCGGUGCUUGCUACUCUGACCGUGUUACGCCAUCUAAUGUUCGCGAGAUGAUGGACUUUUUGUGCGUUGCGCUCGAACGCGAUUGCAAGGUGUUCAGGGACGAGCUGCCGAAUUCACCAAUGAACGCAUCUCGAACCGACGUUGAAGAACUCCAAGCUGUCAUGUUUAUGUGCAUUCUUUUGGUAUGGAACGGGACCCCUCAACAACGUGAUAGGGCUCGCCAGAUGCAUCCGUUCUUGGCAUCUGGCGCUCGAAAGCUCAACCUGUUUCAAUCUUCAGAUGACCCUGCUUUCACAUCACUCUUGCGUCAAGUUGAUUCCAACCCUUCUAGUUUUAGUCUGCAAGACUUCAAUUGGGAAUCAUGGAUCGACCAGGAACGACGCAACCGUACCAUGUUUGGCAUUUUCCUCUGCGACACCGCGAUGGUGCUGUAUUUCAACGCACAUCCACUCUUUGAUGUGUUCGAGAUACACUUGUCCCUUCCUUGCGACGACGCAGCUUGGGAUGCGGAUUCAGCGGUGGAUUGUGUUUCAGCACUCGGCCUCCGAGGUCCGGAUGUCGCUCGCGAGAAAAAUGCACACGGUACGCAGCGGGCGAAGCAACCAGAGAUGGAUUGGGUGCUCAAAGCCCUUCUCCAUUCCUCAUUCGAGAUUCAACCUGGAAGUACCAACCUCUUCGGAAAAUUCAUUUUAAUACACGGCAUAUUGGGAUUGAUUCGAAGGGCACAGAUGGAAGGAACGGCACAGUUUUCAAACUACGGGACCCCACCUCCAAGCGAUUGGAUGACGUCGGCGGGAGUCCACAGCGGCAGGGGCUCUCCCGCAAAUGGGGCGCCUCAAAAACCGGAUCUGCAGAGCCUCCAAGCACUCAACUUCGCGCUAGACAAGUUCAAGACGAAUUGGGAUGUGGACAUGUCCUCGCAGUUUCCACCCACGAUACCGGCGUCAAACAAUCCUCGGCGACAUGGAUUUUCACGGGAUGGAAUUCACUUUUACUGGUUGGCAAAGUACAUGGUGCAGCAUAUCCGACCUGCCGAGUUUCAAAUGGCUUCUGACGUGCGGUUCAUGCAAGUCAUGCAGCUCUUGAAAUCGGUCAGAGCCUGGGUGAUGUCUGAUGGAGCAUCAAGAGGGGAAGAGUUAGGAUCAAUUGGAGAGAUCGAUGAUCAAUUCGGGGCUAUGGAUUUAACACUUGAGAUGGCAAAGAUGUUUACGCCACUGCCACAAGCAGUGGUGGAUGACGCUGGGACGGGGUCUGUCAAAACGGCUGGCAUAGCAUGA